CAACCAGUCAACCUCCCAUAUCAUCCAUUAUAUCAUCAUAUGUAAAAGUGCUCAAAACCCAGAAAUCCUUUCUCAAAAUCUCUAUUCUUUUUCCUUCCUCACUUCUCUAAUGGCGAAUACUUCAACACCAUUUUCUUCAACUUCUUCUUCUCUCUCUCUCCACCUCCCUCGUUUCUCUCUCUUUCCCAAACCCACCACUUCUCUUCUCUCUCUCUCCGACUCAAAACCACCUCUUCUUUCUCUCUCCUCAACUCGCGCACUUCAAACUCACCUCCAUUGCUCCAAAAAAGAAGAAAUUGACAUCGUUUUCUUCGACCAAGGUAACCCAGAUGAAGAAAUUACCUUCGACCCUCCGGAAAAACCAGAAGAUUUCAUCCCACCUCGUGCUGUUGAUGAACCGCCAUUUGAGUCUGAAGAUGAGAUUGCUCAAGCUUAUGAGGAGCUUUAUGGUCCAGCUUAUAGUGGGGAGAGUUAUCUUGGGAAUGAUAUUUAUGUUAUGAAUUCUAAGGUUAAGAAAAGUAUUGGGUUUGGUUCUAAAGGUAAGAAAGAGAAAAUUCGAGAUGGGUUUGAAGAGAGUGUUGUUCAGGUAAGAAGAGUGACUAAGGUGGUGAAGGGAGGUAAACACAUGAGGUUCAGGGCAGUUGUGGUAGUGGGUGACAAGAAGGGCCAAGUUGGGGUUGGAGUUGGUAAAGCCAAGGAGGUGAUUUCUGCUGUUCAGAAAGCAGCCACGGAUGCUCGUCGUAAUGUUAUAACUGUUCCUAUGACCAAGUAUCUCACUUUUCCCCAUAGAAAUGAGGCAGACUAUGGGGCAGCGAGGGUAAUGCUUCGACCUGCAGCUCCUGGUACAGGAGUUAUUGCUGGUGGUGCUGUCAGAACUGUGUUGGAGAUGGCAGGAUUGGAGAAUGCGUUGGGGAAGCAACUAGGAAGUAACAAUGCUCUCAACAAUGCUAGAGCAACAAUACGUGCAGUGCAGAGUAUGAAGCAGUUUAGUGAAGUAGCUCGUGAGCGUGGGAUCCCAAUGGAGGAACUCUGGAAGUGAUGCACAUUCUAAGAUAUGCAUCUUGGUUGAUCCGUUUCUUUCCCGUUCUGUUGUUACAAUCUAAUUGUAAAUUUAUUACAUGUCUAAUGCAUUGGUAAGUUAUCUGGUAGAUCACUAUCACUUUUUGAACUCACUAGUAUAUCCAUCUUCAAUUUUGAGCUAAACAUUUAUUUGCCGCAUAAAGUUGUUAUUGAGCUUAUCAAAAGGGAAAUGUUGUAUAUCAUCAUUGAAAAUGUGAGAUAUAUGUAAGGAGGAUUGAAACUCAA